CGAGGUCCGCGGGGGAAGCUGGGCCAAGAUGGCGACAAUGAGGAAGGUCCUGCGGCGGAGAAUGUUGGUUUUGGCGUCUCUCCGGGCUGUCAGCACCUCUUCUGCGGAUACUUUCCCAAAGCAAGUGAAAAUUGUGGAAGUUGGUGCCCGAGACGGACUACAAAACGAAAAGAAUAUUGUGCCUACUCCUACAAAAAUCAAGCUGAUAGACAUGCUUUCUGAAGCAGGACUCCCUGUUAUAGAAGCCACCAGCUUUGUGUCCCCCAAGUGGGUUCCCCAGAUGGCUGACAAUGCUGAAGUCUUGAAGGGCAUCCAGAAAUUUCCUGGCAUCAACUACCCAGUCCUGACCCCGAAUAUCAAAGGCUUCCAGGCAGCGGUUGCUGCUGGAGCCAAGGAAGUGAGCGUCUUUGGAGCUGCCUCGGAGCAGUUCACUAAGAAGAACACCAACUGCUCCAUUGAUGAGAGUUUACAGCGUUCUGAUGAAAUCUUGAGGGCGGCUCGGGCCGCUGGUAUCCCUGUGCGCGGGUAUGUCUCCUGUGUGCUUGGAUGCCCCUAUGAAGGGAAGAUCUCCCCGGCUAAAGUAGCUGAGAUCACCAAGAAGAUGUACUCCAUGGGCUGCUACGAGAUCUCCCUGGGGGACACCAUCGGCGUGGGCACCCCUGGGAUCAUGAAGGACAUGCUGUCCGCUGUCAUGUAUGAGGUGCCCGUGGCUGCCCUGGCCGUCCACUGCCAUGACACCUAUGGCCAGGCCCUGGCCAACACCUUGAUGGCCCUGCAGAUGGGAGUGAGUGUUGUGGACGCCUCUGUGGCAGGACUUGGAGGCUGUCCUUAUGCACAGGGGGCAUCAGGAAACUUGGCCACUGAGGACCUUGUCUACAUGCUGUCUGGCUUGGGGAUUCACACGGGUGUGAACCUCCAGAAGCUCCUGGAAGCUGGGGCCUUUAUCUGCCAAGCCUUGAACAGAAAAACCUGCUCCAAAGUGGCUCAGGCUACCUGUAAACUCUGAGCCAUUUUGCUGCCUCAAGCAAGCGCUGGGGACAAUGUGGGAAAGAGGGGCACACAUGAAUGAUUCCGGACAGGGCACAUGGAAAUGGGAAUGAAAUUCACAGGAGUAGGCACCUCCCAGGGGGGUCUGCACAUAGGGCUCCUGCAGAAGGGAGGCAGGAGGGCAGGAGCUGCUUGGCCUCAGGCCUCCUUGCCAGACCCAGGUGUGAGUGAGAAGCCUUGGGGGCUGUAGGUCUCCCUGCCCCAUGAACCCCCCCCGCCCCCCCCCCCCCAGGAGCUGAAUGCCUGGGGGUCCCCUGGAACCCAUUCCCUGGUGCUCCGGCCUCAUCUCUGGGUGAAAUCUGUCAGCUAGCUACACUACACAGCUUGACCCUGCCAUUGCCCUGGGGCCAUCGCUGACUCUGUAGAGCAAAGGGGCGUGGAGUUUUUCCCCAAGCCGGCAGAGGGGGCGAGGGCUGAGCUGCUCUGGUGGCCACUGCCAACUGUGGCAUCUCUGGAAAAUCUCCACUCUGAGCAGGAUUUUCGAAAAGCGCUUAUGUAAUUAAAGGUUUAAUGACACGAAGCGUUCAGGCAUUCCGUUGUGCAGAUGUGUGUACGAACGGGGGAGACUGGUGGGGAAUAAACCACCUUUACAACAUGG